UUGGGUUACGGUUGCGGGCUUUGGGGUCUUGCUGCGCCCGCCAUCCGCCGGGGCCAGGGUAGAGGGCUCUCCCGGCUGGGGUGAGGCUGCGGUGCCCCGGGAGGUUGCCUCUCAAGAGUGCUGUUAUUUCCGCAGGCCAGGCCAGAAAGGGGAGUUCGGGUACCUUCCACAGUGUGAGACCCAGCGCCCCUCUCCCGCUCCCCGCAGGCCUUCGUCCCCGCCAUGGCCGAGCUAAUCCAGAAGAAGCUACAGGGAGAAGUGGAGAAAUAUCAGCAGCUACAGAAGGACUUGAGUAAAUCCAUGUCAGGGCGGCAGAAGCUUGAAGCGCAACUAACAGAAAAUAAUAUCGUGAAGGAGGAGCUGGCCCUGCUAGAUGGGUCCAACGUGGUCUUUAAACUUCUGGGUCCUGUGCUGGUCAAACAGGAGCUGGGAGAGGCUCGGGCCACUGUGGGGAAGAGGCUGGACUAUAUCACAGCUGAAAUUAAGCGAUACGAAUCCCAGCUCCGGGACCUCGAACAGCAGUCAGAGCAACAGAGGGAGACCCUGGCUCAGCUCCAGCAGGAGUUCCAGCGGGCGCAGGCAGCCAAGGCAGGGGCUUCUGGAAAGGCCUGACCCCGUGGGUUGGGGGGGGGGGUGGAAGGGACGGGAAGGAAUGAGGCAGAUCUAGGGUCUAUACUGUAGCUAAUAAAAUGUGAAAACACCUGGCUGUUUUCUGACCAGCCACUUUCUGUCA